GAUUUGACAUUGAAUCAUUUUAAUGCAAAGAGGGUCAAACGUAAGAUAUUUCGUCUUUGGUUGUAGCCAUCAGGAUGGAAGAUGAAUCAGAGAUUUUGUUUCAUGGAAUAACAGAGGUUUGUGAAGCUGAAAGUCAACAAGUCUACUCUGUUUUAGGUUCUACAAGCUAUUUUAUUGUGUGAUUCCCAAUCUAAAUAUUCCCAUAAUGGUAGAUACAUCAAAGUUUAUAUCUCUAGUGUAGAUGAUGAAAUUGAAGACAGGCUUCAACUAUACAGCAUUAAAGGUAAUAUAAUAACCCAAUACUGAAAAGAAUAGUUUUGCUCACUAUGAAACUCACUUACGGAAUAUUUCUGAUUUUUAGCCUGUUCUGUCUACAGGUAAGGAGAUAAGGGGUUGGUCACUGCUCAAUAAGAAACAAAAAAAAAAGUUAUUGUAAUGUUAUUAGCUUCAUGUGAACAAACUGGGACGGAAAAAUAAAAAAAACAACAUAUAAUUCACGUAAUUCAUAUUAUCCCAGUAUAAAGAUGCAAAAAUUAAUGUACAUGUACAUCUAGUGUUAAUGUAGGUAAAAUUUCAUCUUUUUAUUAAAAAAUAAAUUGUAUUGUAUGAAAAUUUGAUUCCCUUUAAUUUUAACAUAACUAGUGCCUAUUUAUUAACUGAUAAGAGGAAAAAAAAUAUGUGCUGACAGACCCAUACUUUUGUAUAAUUUCAUUCCAGCAAAACAUUAAUCAUCUGAUCAGUUUCUAGCUUGUUUCUCUUUAUAGUUACUGGUAACAGAGGCUUGGAUUUUAAGGAACUUACAGAAGGAUACUUCAAAAACCUGACCGCUGUUAUAAAGGAGAAUCAGAAACAGUUUGGUGAUGGUUGUUUGUGUGUUGUGAGCCAAGUUGGCAGCCAUAAUAGGACAAAGGAGAUGUUCCAAGUUCAUGAAAGUGGCAAUUUACAGUGUUUUGAAUCUAAAGUGCUACCAACGAAACCUUCAGCUUACUUGAAGAUUUGCUUUCAAGUUGUGCAAGGAAAAGAACAAAUGGCUAGAGAGUGCCAAAAGCUUCAUUCUUUUCUUCUCAGAGUAAAAAUGUUCAAUCCACAGGACAACAUUUCAUUUCAUCUACAUCUAUUUGGUAUAUACUGUGAUCAUACUGAUAUUUGUUCAGAUGUGGAAUAUUUGACAGAUCCUGUCUGCGAGAAGGAGAUGCCACCUGCUCUUGUCAUCACACCAUCAUAUUUUUUAAGGAAUAAAGAAGUUCCAUGUUCCCCUGUACAUGUGAAGCAUGGUGUCUGUGUACCACUGAAGCAUCUAGCCCAAACAGAUUUUGCCUCACCAAAACUGCAGGCCACAGCUAUUUUGGUGCCCCACAGACAGCGGGCUCAGGACCAAAGCCAUGGAUUCAUCAACCUGAUGUUUACCUAUUCAGGAUAUAUCCCUGUUGGCAGUACAUCAAUACCCUCCUGGAAGCCUGAUGUUGUGGGAGACAUUUUCCACUCUUGUGAAUGUCAAAACUGUGAAAAUCCGGGUCCAUUCCAGUCUCCAAUACAGCUUCAUGUAGUUUGCACAGAACACAACUUCAUCAUGCAGCGCAACUCAUACGUGAUAUACGUUGUCUUGGAUAUAAAGAAUGAUGAACACAUAUCCCAAGAAAGCAUAAACAAACUAUGUGAGCCAAAAAUUGUUCUGAGUUAUGAGGUAGAUUAUACAUGGUUUCAACGUUUCUGGGAAACUCACGUCAUUAUUAAUCUGUGGUAAUAU